UCCUGGCGCUACGUCUAAGUUAGCCGCUUGUUGAAGCUGGAAAACGGUUGCAUUCGCGUAUAACAGAGAAAUAUUUGAGCUGUCAAAGUAACGAUGUGUUCCGUUGAGUAUUUGCGAGAGUUUGUUAGCGAGAGACUAACGGCUGCUGCUGAAGAGAUAUUCGGCGUCUUUGUUAAAACGAUGGUCCAGAAUGAGGCCGAGAUCAGUCAGCGCAGACUGCAGGAUAUCACUGUGAAGUUCCCCAAAAUAAAGUUACACAGAAUCGACCUCCCACAACAACUUGUCAUUAAUAAUAAAGAUGAGGCUCUUAUAGAGCAGCAGCAGCACUGUAACCAGGAAAGGAACUCCAGAUUGGUCCAGGAGGAAGCAGAGCCUCUCCUGAUAAAAGAGGAGCAAGAGGAAGACUGUUCCAUGGACACCAGAGACCAGCAAGGAACUAAACAUGUAGAAAUGGGAUCAACCACCAAUGAGGAGCUGAAGCCAAAGAAGAAAUGUCACAGAACCAAAAAUUACAAUGUGGACAUCUCUCCCAUGUCAGGGAGUCACUGUAACAUGGACACAGACCAGCUCCAGCAAUAUGUCUGCAAGGAGGAGGUUCUCGAGGACUUGUACCUCUUUAACCUGGAGAACUCUGGUCUGGAUCAACAGGACGUUGGAUCGGCUAAGAUUAAGGAAGAAUGGACGGAACUUUGCACAAGUCAGGAGAGACAGGAGCUUGUAAUUGACCAGGAAACCAGUCCAUUAACAGUAAUUUAUGAGGAAAAAAACUACUGCCAGCCGAAACCAAGCAGUCACCUGCUCCUCUCUCACAACUCUCUACAUCAAAAAAGAACAUCCACAGAUGACAAACCAUAUUCUUGCAACACUUGUGGGAAAAGAUUUAAAUAUGCAUCAAAGCUAAAAAUACACACGAGCAUUCACACAGGUGAGAGGCCAUUCUCGUGUGACGCAUGUGGGAAAACAUUCAGGAGAAAGGAUAACUUGUUGGUCCAUAUAAGAACUCACACCGGUGAGAAGCCAUAUUCCUGCAGCAUUUGUGGGAAAGCAUUUAGAGACAGCUCAAAUCUGAUAUAUCACAUUAGAUUUCACACAGGUGAGAAGCGAUACUCGUGUGAAACAUGUGGGAAAAGAUUUUAUCAUAAAGGCAAUUUAACGGUGCACAUGGUGACGCACACAGGUAUAAAACCUUACCACUGCAAGAUUUGUGGAAAAAGAUUUGCUUGCUUAGCAAACUUGAAAAUUCAUGCAAGGACUCAUACGGGUGAGAAGCCAUAUUCUUGUGCGACAUGUGGCAAAACUUUUAGUCAGAGGACAAAUCUGAAAUUCCACACAAGAAUCCACACAGGCGAGAAGCCGUAUUCCUGUAAAACAUGUGGGAAAAGUUUCAUUCAAAUGAGGGAUUUGACCGUGCACAUAAGGACUCACACGGGUGAGAAGCCCUAUUCCUGUGUAACCUGUGGUAAGAGCUUCAGUCAGAACAGUCAUUUGAAUGUCCACAUGAGAACUCACACAGGUGAGAGGCCAUAUUCUUGCAAAACUUGUGGUAAAACUUUCAGUCAAAAUAGUCAUUUGACUGUCCACAUGGGGUCUCACACAAGUGAGAGUUCUUGCAAAACAUUUGCAAAAACUUUUAGUCAAAAUGAGAACUCACACAGCUGAGAGGCAGCGCCUUUGCAAAUCUAGCAAAGGUUUCAGUUUCAUGUCAGCAGUUGGCAAAGAAUCACAUUAAACUGGAUCUCUACACCGUUAGCUUCUUUACUUGAAUCUGUGGAACAUGCCAAUGACAGCAGAGUUUGACAGGCAUAAAAGAGUA